AUGGGUCAACAACAGUCAGGCUUUGGAGGAAAAGGAAACGAAAGAGGUGGAGGUGAUGCUGACAAGGAGAAGAAGAAGAAGUAUGAAGCGCCAAUCCCAUCCAGAAUAGGGAAAAGAAAGAAGGGAUCCAAAGGACCAGAUACGGCUAGUAAACUUCCUGCUGUAACUCCGCAUGCUCGUUGUCGCCUGAAGUUGCUGAAAAGUGAGCGAAUAAAGGAUUAUCUCCUUAUGGAGCAGGAGUUCAUCCAAAACCAAGAACGCCUGAAACCGCAAGAAGAACGUCAAGAGGAGGAAAGAACUAAGGUAGACGAACUUCGUGGAACACCAAUGGCUGUUGGUUCUCUAGAAGAGAUAAUUGAUGACCAACAUGCUAUUGUUUCAACGAAUGUUGGAAGUGAGCACUAUGUCAACAUCAUGUCAUUUGUUGACAAGGAGCAGCUUGAGCCUGGAUGCGCUGUUCUUCUCAACCAUAAAAACCAUGCUGUUAUUGGAGUACUUGCUGAUGACGCCGACCCUAUGGUUUCGGUCAUGAAACUAGAAAAGGCUCCACAGGAAACCUAUGCCGAUGUUGGUGGCCUUGAUCAACAAAUUCAAGAAAUCAAGGAGUCUGUAGAGCUGCCCCUAACUCACCCUGAGUACUACGAAGAGAUGGGCAUCAAACCACCGAAAGGUGUGAUCCUGUAUGGUUGUCCGGGUACAGGAAAAACGUUACUUGCUAAAGCAGUGGCAAACCAAACUUCAGCUACAUUCCUUCGAAUUGUUGGAUCGGAACUUAUACAAAAAUACUUGGGAGAUGGACCAAAAAUGGUUCGCGAAUUGUUCCGAGUAGCUGAGGAAAAUGCUCCAUCGAUUGUUUUCAUUGAUGAAAUCGAUGCUGUUGGCACGAAGCGAUAUGACUCGAACUCCGGAGGAGAACGCGAAAUUCAACGUACUAUGCUUGAACUUCUCAAUCAACUCGAUGGCUUCGACUCUCGCGGUGAUGUCAAAGUGUUGAUGGCAACUAACCGUAUUGAAUCACUCGAUCCUGCCCUUAUUCGUCCCGGCCGAAUUGACAGGAAAAUCGAGUUCCCGCUCCCUGAUGAGAAGACAAAAAGAAGGAUUUUCCAGAUUCACACAUCACGGAUGACUCUGAGUGAUGAUGUUAAUCUGGAGGAAUUCAUUCUCGCGAAGGACGAGUUGAGCGGUGCAGAUAUUAAGGCAAUGUGCACUGAGGCUGGACUACUGGCACUACGAGAACGUCGUAUGCGCGUCACAAUGGAAGAUUUCCAAAAAUCAAAGGAAAAUGUCUUAUACCGAAAGAAAGAAGGCGCGCCGGAAGAGCUAUACUUGUAA